UCUCUUGUUCUUCUUCUAUCGGCUUUUACACUUCUUCCCUCGUUCUCUCUUCUGACUCUGAUCAACGAAGAUUUAUAUUCUACCAUGGACAAGGCACAGUUGAUCUUGUUGGGAUUACCGAUAUUCUUGUUUUGUUCGGAUCUCUUCAACCUUUUCACUCCUCCGCCUCCGAAACCUCAGCAUCACCGUCCACACCAGCCACCGCAUAUCCCGCACCACCAGCGUCCGGCUGUGUUCAUCCCUGAAACCUUAGAUUUUCCUUCACAGAAGCCAAACAGCUUUGGAUCAAUUGGAUAUGGUAACACCGUAGAGAUCAACUUCUGCGUCUCCUGUUCUUUCAAGGGAACUGCAGUGACCAUGAAGAAGAUGUUAGAGACGGCUUUUCCCGGUUUAGAUGUGAUUCUCGCAAACUACCCGACACCAGCACCAAAGCGCCUUCUAGCUAAGGUUGUGCCGGUUGCUCAGAUGGGAGUUAUUGGUAUGAUAGUUGCAGGUGAUCGUAUCUUUCCCUUGAUUGGAAUUACGCAGCCACCUGCUUGGUUCAACUCCUUGAGGGCCAAUAGAUUUGGAUCCAUGGCUUCCACUUGGCUUAUCGGAAACUUUCUGCAGUCUUACCUUCAAAGCUCAGGCGCCUUUGAAGUUCACUGCAACGGGGAACUGGUUUUCUCUAAAUUGAAAGAAGGUAGAUUCCCGGGAGAGAUCGAGCUGCGAGAUCUCAUCAGUAAGACUUUAACAAGACCUAGCAUCGUCGCAGGUAGCUACUGAAGUAGUAUCAUCAGAAGCUUUCGAUAUGAAAGGUAUAGAAAAAGGUGGAACCUUUCGUGAAGUUCCUCAAGUAUUGAAGAAGGUUUCGACUUCAUCUGCCAAAAGUAUCUUAAUGUUUUAAUUAACAUCAUGUUCACCAGUCCCGGUUUUGUCAGUUGAUGUAGCACAUACCUUGUUCACUUGGUUUAACUAGUU